AUGCGCUGUGGGCGCCGGCAUUUGACAAGGGAGGUUGCAGUCGCGGACCUUCUCGCCUUGCAGAAUCCAGACGAGCCCAGCGCGACGAAAGCAUCGUUUAGCAUCAAGUACCUCAAUCAUCAUAUCCCGCUUCUUGAGGCCCGCGUACGCUUGCACCGCGCGCACAUUCAGACGCUCCAGCAUCUGCAGAUUGAUGGCCGCAUGUUUGAGCUCUGCAAGCUCCCUCCGACCGACGACGGUGACGGCCAAGUCGACCUCGCGACGUACUUGACAGAGCCGCAGAAGGUGCGCGCGCGCCACCAAGGGCUACUGGUGCUGAACGUGCUUCAAAGUCUUCACGAGAUCGACACGGCAAGCCUCGAGAUGCACCGAGAAGAUCUUGCAAACAACGGCGUCGCCAUGUGUGAGCCUUGCCCCGUGCGGACACGGCUCGACUGCGCAGACGAGGCGCUCCGAGCGUACGGUCUUCAAGAGCGCUACACAGCGCGAACCGUCGCGGGCUGGGUGGCCGAGUUCUUGUCGACGAUCGCCCUUCGCCGAGAUACGCGCGGGCGUACGAGACGCACCACGGCUGGAGCGUCGGUAGUGAUAUAAAAGCUUCAGUACGUGCGUCGAUUCACUGGUCA